GGCACAGAGCAGCAAACAGGGAUCAGCGACGGCAGCGCUGGCCGGAGGCUCUCAGGAGCCUUCGGGGGAGGGGACAGGGACCGGCCGGGAGGAACAGCGACCGUGCAGGAUGCUUUUGGGAGCAGGCGCUGAGAGAAGAAAGGCAGGAGGUGCCCCGGAGCCCGCCAGGGGUGGGCAGGGGGACAGCCCGGCUUCCCUUCCGCCUUUCCCGAAGAUUUUGGGAUCGCUCGGCAGACCAUGAAUGGAUCCUUUUUCAACCAGACUCUCCUGGAGCAGGGAGCUGAGCCCAACAGGACCCAGGGCUUGGGGGUGCUCAUGGCCUGCUGCAACGGGACCAGCGCCGUGCUGGCCACCGACGGCGGCUCCUCGGCGCUGGCCCCCGACGAGAGGAGCCUCUUCAUCACCAGGGUGGUGCAGAUCGCCGUGCUCUGCGUCCUCUCCUUGACUGUCAUGUUUGGCAUCUUCUUUUUGGGCUGCAACUUGCUCAUCAAGUCCGAGAGCAUGAUUAACUUCCUGGUGAAGGACCGAAGACCUUCCAAGGACGUGGGCGCUGCCAUCAUGGGGCUUUACUGAGGCUCCUGGAGGCAAGUGAACUGUCUGGACCCGGUGCUGAGAUGCACAUUCCGUGUGUUUGGGGCAGCUGGGGGGGAGUGG